AUGCUUUCUCAUUGUAGCGCUCUAAGGCAGGUGGACAGCAUGGGGAAAGUUUUCUAUCUCAGUAAAACUACAGUGGUAGUGUGUUCAAUUCUGGGCAUAGGGGCUGCGUGUACUAUCAUUGCCUUGUCUGUUGUUUACUCCCAGGAAAAGGCUAAAAAUAAUGAGUCUUUACCACCUACUGAAAAACCGACGACCAAACCUCCUGUCACAUCAUCCCCUGUCACAACGCCUUCAUCCGAUAACCCAUGGGACCAGUAUCGCCUGCCCAAGAGCCUGGUGCCUGACCAUUACAACGUCACUUUGAGACCAUGGCUCACUCCAAAUGAAACAACAGGACUCUACAUCUUUACUGGUAAGACGUGAAAUAUAAAAUAUCAUUGGUUACUCUUGAGGCACACUGUUUCUUUCUUAUAAAUAUCACCUAUGAUUCCAAAGAGCAGUCUUCUUUUGGGAGCAGAAAAGGGAUGGAGAACAGACUGACCGAAAUGUGGUGAAAGCUUUAAGAUUGCAUGAUGAAUAAGGAAACAAGUGAUACUUAAAGCUGAUGUUAUCAAUCAAUCAGUAUUUUAUCUCUGUUUUUAUGACCUACAUGGCUUGAUACAAUGCAACUAAAUCAGUCGUAUGUACUAUGUAAACUAACUCUACAAACACGGGGAGUAAGGAAUGUGUGUUCAAGCUCCAGAGCAAAUAAAAGAAGCCAAUGCAGAAAUGCCAAAAAUGGCAAAAACCCACUGAAACAAAAAACAUACAGAAUCUUAACAGCAUGGUACCCUAACAGGUUUGGUUUGAAUAGCCCAUUUCUCUAUUCAGGCACACUGUAUUCAUUUUUGGUAGUUCUGUUUUCAGGGCUUUUAGCCUUCAUUGAUUGGACGGCUGAAAAAGAGACAAGAAAUGUGAGGAACAGAGAGUGAGAGGGGAAACAUGCAGCAAAGGGUUGCAAUUACUGUGGUCAGGGCAACAGUCUCUGUACAUGGGGUGCAUGCUCAAACUGCCAAGUGCCUUGUGCACUGGCAGCAUCACUUUUCUUCCAUAUAAUUCCAAAAUCAUGCAUCUAAGAAAAAGUGGCACACCAUUAAGUAUAGUAUAUUUCCCUGGGGAGUGUUGGUUUAUUUGAACCUACUUGAAUGCAAAAGAACAAGUGAAGCAGCCUUUGAGGGCUGUAGGUCUUCAUCCGAUUUGGCUAAAACGGUGGGUCUGCACUGUUAGCUAGGAGGCUAAAAACCCUCCCACCUCUGUCCUGUAGGUUAAAUCAGCAUUUCCAAUAUGAUGACAUUGUUCAGCUUUACAAUUUGGUUUCAGAAAGCACCAGGUGAUGUCCCUGAGACUUUGCUGAUGUUUUAUGUACUGCCCAUGUGUAAGCCAUGGCCUUUUUUUUUUAAUACCAAGAUGGUCUUAUAAAGAUGCUACCACUUGUAAAAACAAAGAUUGGGGUGUGUUUUUGAGUGAAGGACUUGAGUAAAAAGUCUUUUCAACAAUUUCAACAUCUAACUUUUUAUUUCAUUAGAACCCAGCAGCUGACAGAAUAAUCUCAACUAAACUAACUACACAUGACAGUGUAUUUAGUGUGCACACUCUCCUUUUAUCUUUGGUCUUUAAAUAUUGCAGUACUAUAAAAAAAUGUAUUUCUAUGAUGUCAGCUUUUAAUCAGAUAUGGAAAACAGAUCACUUUAAACUUUAAAUGUUUUAAUGAGACACCACGGGCUCCUCUUUAACACCGUAAAUAGAUGCUUUUCUGUAGUUUAUUUUUUUGGUGUGCCAUUGGGAUUACAUGAAAUCAGGUGAACUUGACACAUAACUGAAACCAGCCCGGGUGGUGUGGGAGGCAAAAAUGAAUCUUUAUCUUAGUUAUAACUACAUAUGAAUUAUGAUUAUAUGUCCAAAUUCACAGAAUUUGAAAUUCAAGUCGCAAGGCCAGCAACACUUGAAGGUAGCUGGAGCUUCAGUUGCCAUUUACAAUGCACGGUACAACAGGCCAAAUGGUUGUAAAGCUGAGCAUGUAUAUAUCUAAUUCUUUGAACUCAGUGAAACAAGUUAGUUGUUUUGCUUUGCUAAUCACUCCAUAAUUUCUGUCAAAUCCUUUCAGGCCAGUCCACGGUGGAGAUCGUGUGUGUUGAGGAGACCGACCUGAUACUUAUCCACUCCAAUAAGCUGAACUUCACCAAGCAGGCGAAUGGGCAAUAUGCGACACUUAAAUCAGCCAGUGGAGGCACUGUCCCCUCAAUCAUAGAGUCAUUCCCCGUGACCAAGACACAGUACCUGGUCCUGAGGCUUAACGGUAAGCUGGUUAAGGACCACAGGUACCACGUCUUCACCGACUUUACGGGAGAGCUUGCUGAUGACCUGGGAGGCUUUUACAGGAGCGAGUACAUGGAGGAUGGAAAAAAAAAGUAAGUGGGUUAAGAAUCAGAGUAUACUCUGAAAUACUACAACACAUUUCCAAGGCAACAUAAUCAAGAUGUAAAGAGUAGAGUUUAGGAGGGGGAAUCACCAAACCUGUGAAAUAAAAGAAAAUUAAGAUUGUGUUCUGACAUGAAGUACAUUUGUAAGUGUUAAUUUUUCUACUAAAAACCUCAAAAGUGAUAAUUUUUGGACGAUCACCAAACCUUUUUUGAGAAAACUUGUGCUCUAGACAUAAUGAAUCAAAUCUGGCUUUUAGUUGGAUAGCUACCUUUUUUUGCAGUGGUAAGACCAUGGGCUCUAUUUUCGUUCGCGCCGGUGAGGCGGUGGAGGGCGGCGAGCCCCGCGCAGUUGUAUUUUCGUCUGGCGGAGCCCGGCGUAAGGCGAGUUUGAUAUUUUCGUGGACUGAGUCGCACGGAGGCGAGCCGAGAUCCGCCAAGCUGGGCGUGGUGGCGUGGCAGGGGGAGGUGUUGACAGAAUCAGCUGGCGCAGUGACAUUUUCGUGCUCGCCACCAGCGUGUAACAUGCGCUGAAAGCUCGCCGAUUCAAACCUGGUCAGCUUUCAGCGCAAGGCGGAACGCAGCUGGUCUAGUAGUAUUUUGGUAGACCGGCGGCGUAUCGACAUACGUCACUGAUGCCUCACCGGCAGGUUUCCACAGUGUCAGGCACAUUUCAGUGCAAUAAAUAAUCAUCAACAACUAUUAAUCUGAGUCAGCACAUACAUUUAGAUCUAUAUCGAUAUAUUCUGAUCUAUAUCUGAUCUGAUGAGCGCGUUUGGCACACGUUUGGCACGCGUUUGGGCACACAACCUGACCGAAUCAAUACAGCUGAAACUGCAUCAAAUUAAAUUAAAUAUCUAGUAAAUAAACACACAUGAUGAAGUUAACAAGAUAUGUAAUGCGUCUCCCUCCUUUUCUUUCUUCCUCUUAUUUCUCGCACAGCUCGACCUGGACACGUCUCCGUGUCCUCUGUCCGUCUUGCUUGCUGCUGCGGCUGAACAGAUGAUUUGUUUCAGUGCUCAGAUGCGUUAUCUACUUUAAGCCGACAUACGGAUAUUAUAAUAUUCAGUUUUGUGAGCCAAAUUUAUUUUUUAUGCCAACAUCUAUGAAAGAAAGAGCCAGGCCACGGAGCGCGAUGCGUCAUUUACGCACAGAUGGUUCCGAUUUUAAUGCCAUUUUUGGAGUUUAUGUUGUGAUCUGUGCGCUCAACCCACCUUUGUCACGUGAGGUUUGAAUAUAUGCAACUUUAUGUGAGUGUCUUUAUUUGUGGAAAAGGGUGUUUGUCUUACCACUGGGUCCAACAUUACACACACCAAAUCCAUCUGUGCUCAGAUGAGAGAGUGUGGAGGACACUUGUUGAGCAGCUGCCCUCUGUCGCCAUCGUGUGGCAUAACCGUCUUCAGACAUCUCUCGAUCUCUUUGACUACUUCAUGAAAAUAGUAAUACGCCUCGCCUGUGGCGGAUUUAAAGGCAAGGAGAGGAGCUUAUGUGAUUGGUGAAAACAGGUCUCGGCUGUGUUAAAUCUACUACACACCCUCUCUCCUCCCCGUCUACGACUUAUGCUGCUGGGAGGAGCUGAGUUAGGGAGGGGGGAUACUUACGCCGGGCUGCGCGGCUCACCAAAAUACCAAAAUGUGCUUGGGAACGCCUUGUCAGCGCGGCGGAUCUGAUUGACGCUGCGCUUGCGGCAGAUCGCCGGCGAGGCACCAAAAUAGAGCCCCCUGUAUUACUUUGCGUAUCAUGUAAUGGUGCAUAAACAUGUGUAUCUAUGUAUUCAGGCCCAGAACUGCUGACCUGAGCUCAAAUGUUUCCUCAUUUUUAAUCUUCAUUUCUUGGUCUCACAUGAGACCAUGGCAGCGGUUAACUUGGCACUAAAUUAAAGAAGCUGGCAGCUGGAAUAACUAAGUGGUUCAACCAGCUCUCAGUGGGGUUGAUUGACUGUCAUAGCAACUUCUUAAUGUGUAAAAUACAUUAUUUUAAAACUGCUGUGAGGAACUUGUGGUUUGAAUUGAUUUUCUAUUGGAAAAGAUGGACAUCUCAUUACUGGACAAAAAGCCUCAGUCUGCUUUUUUAUUAAGUCAAAUGUGUCUGUCAUUGUGCAUAUUUGCUACUGAAAAUCUAAAGAAAAGGUUAGUGGGACAUGCAGUCUGUCAACCAGUCUUGUUUCUUUCCCAUCAGGGUUGUUGCUACAACUCAGAUGCAGCCAACAGAUGCCAGGAAGGCUUUCCCCUGUUUCGAUGAGCCUGCUAUGAAAGCCAUCUUCCACAUCACUCUGAUCCAUGAUACUGACAAAAUAGCUCUAUCCAAUGGAGAGGAAAAGGGUAAGUUUUACUAAACCCCCUAUUGGAAAUGUAUUGAGUUUUUAAAGAGUGUAGAACUGUUUAAAACUUUGAAAAAUUGUGAAAGUAAAAUGGGGUGAAAAUAUCAAACAACGCCUAAAAUUAAUUGUUUUUCUUGCAACGUAUUCUCCAGAAUCAAGCCCAAUCACAAUAGAUGGAAAGACCUUGCAGCAGACAGUUUUUAAGCCAACUGAGAAGAUGUCCACCUACUUGCUGGCGUUUAUUGUCAGUGACUUUGGCUACAUUAACAGCACCCUUGAUGGGGUUUUGGUAAGUGGCAAUCAUCCCGUAAAACCAAAAGACUCUGUUUUGUACAUGAUGUUGCAGUUUUUAUCAAAGCAAUAAAACAGUUAUUGCAGACAGGCAGAUGUUGACACUGGGGUAGAAUAGACUUCCAAGGUUACAUAAUUGACUCCACACAAUUACGAACCUAUUCACAAUAUGAUCCUGUUAAAAGGGAUCUACAGCUAAAAUUAUGGCAGUUUAAGGCAACCCUGACUUUGUAUCUUCAGACUUAAACAGGUUUUCUUUGAAUAGAAGCCUAAGAAAUUAUGAUCUAUUAAUCUGGUCAAUUUAAAGUUUUUAUUUUCUAUUUUUAACCCCCAAAUUAUAUUGCUUGGAAAUACAAGUGUAACAAUCAGUAGUUUUUUUUCCAGUAAGUUAAACUGUGCAAAGAAUGCUCUGAUAUUGCUUAUGAUACACAUUAAGAUUUUAGGAGUAAAAAUACACUGAGAUAGAAUAAAGUGGAGAAAAUAUCGAGCCCGGUCCAGAAUAUCAAAGAUAAAUGCAUAAAAAAAAAGUUUCAUUUUUUCAAAGCUGCAUUUUUAGAUUUUGUAUUUGCCUUUUAAAAACAAAUUCUGAAUACUUCUAAAAAAAAAAAAAUCAGUGAGAGCUCUGAAUCGUUUUUUAAGCUGUUUUGGGAACUUGUGCAUGAUGUUGAUUAAUGUGUCUUUUGAUGCUGUGUUAGAUCCGUAUCUUUGCUCGGAAGCCUGCCAUUGUUGCUGGACAAGGAGAGUAUGCUCUUAACAUAACUGGACCCAUCCUGAAGUUCUUUGAGGAUUAUUAUAACUCCACAUACCCUCUGCCAAAGUCUGGUGAGUACAGCUCCUGUUCAUAUACAAGGUGUAUGUAGAAAGCUGCCCUGAUGUGACUUUCUGGUCUUGUUUAGUUUUCCGAGAAUUCUGAAAACUGAGGAUAAGAUUGGAAAAAAAAUCUACUGUCAGAGACCAGAGUAAGACAUGGGAGAUUGUUGCUGUAAUGUGUCUGAAUGUUGCUUCAGGACUUUUCUUUGCUGAAGCUGCAACUAGUGCAAAAUAUUCGCUUAUGUUCCCAGUUAAACAUGGAUGACCUGCGACAGUCACGUCAUGUGAGAGUUUAUGAUCAACCCCAAAUAUAACUUCUUCUGCUGCUGCCUCUGUAUAAAACAUCUGCGUCAGCAAAACCCAAGGCCAUAAAAAGUGUGCAUCCUUGAGUUUGUGUGAAGCUUUCAUAGAUACAAGACUUAUCUGAUAGUCACAUGAAUGUCUGUAUCAAUCAGUUUGCCGAUUUUUAUGACAGGGAAAACAGGUGAGGAUCUUCUAAGAUCCUGUUCACUUGAUAACCCAGUUAAUACAAAAUCUGCUGUGACUUUCAGCCCCUUUAAAGCUCCUGUGAAUUUAUUCGACAUUUAUGAAAUGGGUUGAAAUGUCUCUUGAUGCCUUUUCAGGAUAUCCAAAGCAAACAUGAUUUGUACACACAUUGGGGUUGACUGGUAAUGCUUCCUCCCCAGUCACCUACGGCUUGACCAAAAGUUGGGGAUCCUGCCUUUGAAAAGCCAGACUCAGGAUUUAAAACAGGGCUCCCUUAGUCUUACACACACUACCUGUGUCAAACACUGGUGCAGUUUAUAUAUGGUUUGAUGAACUUAUGAGAAGUGCCAAGGAAACUCUACCAAUGAUUAACCACAAAUACUCAAUUUUCUCAUACAGAUCAGAUUGCUCUACCAGACUUCAAUGCCGGAGCCAUGGAGAACUGGGGUCUGAUCACAUACAGAGAGACAGCUCUGCUCUACGAUGAGGACUUCUCAUCCAACUCCAACAAAGAGAGGAUUGCCUCCAUCAUCUCUCAUGAACUGGCUCACAUGGUAAGCUUUGAACGAUAGAAACUUAUCACUUCAUGAUGUCUCUUUUAUGUCGGUCACUUUGUAAUGCAAUUAGAUCUUUUAUCAACAGGAACAACCUUUCAAAAAUGAUGUUUUGGAAUGAUCCUGUAUAAGCUAUAAGAGAAAAACUCAAAGACUUAUUUGAAGGUCUAAGUAAAGUGCCAGUCCUCCACCAUGUCUGUCAAAUUAGAUGUUUUUACAAAUCAAACUGGAUGACAAUUUUAAAGUUUACAUUUUUUUUGGCAUUUGAUUUUAUUUCCAAAUUUGUGCCAUUUAAUUUUUAUAUGUUCAACAACAAGAAAUGGUCUAGCUGAGGAGAAAUUAAAAGAGAAAAAACUGAACUCCUGAAAAAAAAUAAAAUAAUAAAUACUAUAUUGCUAUUUUAAAGGAUGGCAGAGAAUUUAUAAGGUACAUCAGGACUCAUAGCAGCAAAGUCAAAACCUUGUUGAGAAUAGGUCUCAUGUCAGACUCUUCGUUCUGUUGUAAAGGAGCUGCUGUGUCGUAUUUAAUUUUGCUUCAGCACAGAAUCGAGACCUUUUUCUGUGCUCUCCUUUUAGUGGUUUGGUAAUCUGGUGACCUUGAGGUGGUGGAAUGACCUGUGGCUGAAUGAAGGUUUUGCAUCCUAUGUUGAAUACCUCGGUGCAGAUAAGGCUGAGCCUGAAUGGAACGUGGUGAGUUUUUCUCUUUCACCUCACAGCCUCAACAACCGGUGCAACCAACAAUCAUGGUAGAGCCACAAGGAGAGUUUUGGGUAAUUCUGUCUUUUUUUUUUUCACCUUACAGAAAGACCUUAUGGUGCUCAAUGACGUGCACAGGGUGUUUGCCAUUGAUGCCCUGGCAUCUUCCCAUCCUUUGUCUUCAAAAGAAGAGGACAUCCAGAGACCUGAACAGAUUAGUGAGCUGUUUGACGCCAUCUCAUACAGCAAGGUAUUCUUGAACACUCUUACACGUACCGCAGCAGAACACUUGUCCCACCCCUGAUCCUGAAAUCGAGUCAUCUUUUUACUUUUCAUUCUCAGGGAGCAUCUGUCCUGAGGAUGUUGUCUGAUUUCCUGACUGAAGACGUCUUUAAACGUGGACUUCAGGUAAAGUCUUCUAAGAGCGGUAAACUUUAUCUGUUGUAGGGCACCACAAAGAGUCUUUCAGAAUAAAUCCUUACCUGGUGUAUGUUCUUGUUUCUCCUGCUAAGUUCUGAUUCACCCCAGCAUUUUGAUAACCUCUGAAGGAAAGGUAAUAAUCUGCGUGUUUCAUUUUUCUGUUCACUCUGCAGACCUACCUGGAUGAAUUUGAAUUUGGGAAUGCAAUCUACACUGAUCUAUGGGACCAUCUACAAACGGCAUGUGGAGUCUUAUUUAUAUUUAGAUAAUGCUUCUAGCAAGGAUAUCCAUAACCCCUAACAACUAGUGUAUGUCAUAAUGAUUUACUGUUUUUCUUUGUGUUCAGGCUGUGACUGGUAGUUCUACGUCACUUCCAAAAACUGUCCAUGAAAUUAUGAACACCUGGGUGCUGCAGAUGGGAUAUCCUGUGGUGACCAUAAAUACUACCACUGGAAGUGUAACCCAAGAGCACUUUCUCUUGGAUCCAGAUUCUGAAGUUACCACUGAAUCCCCCUUCAAGUAUGUGCACUGCAUUUCUUUCAUUGUCCUUUCUGUGUAUUUAUGAUUUCAAUGUAAGUAUUAAAACUCUUUCUUUAUCAUUACUAAAUUCUUCUCUCCUGCAGCUAUGAGUGGAUCGUUCCCAUCAAGUGGCUGAAAAAUGGAGAUAUCCAGGACCCAAUAUGGCUACAAGUUAAAUCAGGUAAGGCAUGCAGACAAACAACAGACGGACUGUUAGUUGCUGGGGAUAAAAGAUGUUCGGCUCUGCAAACUCCCUACUUAAUUAGUUUGCAUGACAAACAAGUUCCUUACCAGAUAAAUAAAAAAAAAAAGAGGGAAUCUGAUUUCUUCAGAGUAAAACAUAUUUGAACUUGAAUCAUAAAGAAAUAUUAAAAAGGAAAAACAGGACAUUGUUUGAUAUAAGUGUUUUGAGACAGCAUGACAUGAUUCUCCUCUUAUUUUUUCUGUAGCACUGUUUAAUGAGAUGAAGACAACAGGAACUGACUGGGUGCUUGCCAACCAGGAUGUUGUGGGUUACUACAGAGUCAACUAUGACCAGGCCAACUGGGAGAAACUCCUGAAUGCACUGAGCACUAACCAUGAAGUAGGACACACCUGCUUGUUGACAUAUACUCAUCUCGAUAAUCUGUGCUUUUCUAAAAGGUUUUGAUCAGAGUAACAGUUUUUUAUGCACUGUAUUUUUUUUAAGGUUAUUCCAGUCAUCAACAGAGCUCAGCUGAUCGAUGAUGCUUUCAACUUGGCGAGGUAAAGUAACACAGGUGAUAGAAACAUGCUGGAAGUAAUGAUUACUGUUCCGAAGGUUUUAUCUGAAACAGAAAUAUCUGGAUUCGAUAACCCUGUUUUUUGGCUCAGUUUGUACUUCUUACUUGAUGCUGAUCUUAAAGCUGUUAUGUUGACUAGGAUGUAAGGAUUUCACCAUUUUUUAUAUCUAGUAUCAACAAGAGCAUUUAUAUCUUUUUCUGAUUUUUUUUUAAAGCAACACUGGAUUAGCAUAGCCUGAAAUUACCUCAUGUUACCAGUGCUGUCAAUAGCACUCUCAUAGUAGUCCUCUUGCUGCAGAUUAUAUACUCAACAUGGGGUCACUUCAAGUGUCCUGGGAUUGAGAAGAGAGGAAGCAGAUAAUUGAAAAUUACAAAAGUCAUCUCACAUUUUGAAUAUAAUCUUUUAAAACAUAGAUGAGAGUCGUUGAAGGGUGACUAACAGGAAACUACGUGGACAGUAGUUUCCAUUGUGAUACAAAGUCACAGUCUUGGGUCUGGGGAGACAAACCACAACUGGCAGUAUGGGAUCUGAUUUUUAUAAGCAUUUUUGACCCUGCAGAGAAAGGUGGAAAUGAUUUUCUUGCAAAGACAGAUUUCUUCAUCGAUAAUUGUUUUAUUUUACUGAAAAGAUAUUUUAUGAACUGUGACAGUGCAACAAACGUGGAAACCUAUGAACAAAUUCAACCAGUACAUGAAAACAUGAAACCAAUUUAAAAUAAAUUCCUUACAAUAAGUUCUUGAAAUCUAUGCUACAUACAUGUUGGGAUUAGAAGUGUUAAUUUACUUAUUUCAUAAUCUCACAGGGCAAAGAUUAUUUUAACCGAGUUGGCUCUCAAUACAACCAAAUAUCUGAUCAGUGAGAGGGACUACAUGCCAUGGGAGUCAGCUCUGGACAACCUGGACUUCUUCUAUCUCAUGUUUGACCGCAGUGAGGUUUACGGUGUUAUGCAGGUAUGCUUUUUCUCAGCUAACAUUACAGCAUCAAGUCAAAAAAGACCAAAACAAACGGAUUCCUUUGGGUUUUGGUUUAUUUUUCUCACAUUUCCUCAUUGUUUUUUAGGCAUAUCUGAAGAACCAGGUCACACCUUUGUUUGAACACUACAAAACCAUGACUGGCAACUGGACAGACGUACCCAAAGGACACUUGGACCAGUAAGUGAAAGCAAAUGCUGAGGCAGCUUAUUUUCUCUAAAUGACUGUUACCUAGAAGCAACGAAAAAGAUGAAGCUUGCAAGUUUGACCUUCGAAGUCUAUAUAAAGAGUACUUGUUGAGUCAGUAAUUUCUGUUUUGAUUUUCAUGGGCUUGCUAGCUACUGAAGUUUAGCGUUACCCCUGGCUAGUGCCUGCUUUUGUAAUUAGUGUUUACUUGCAUUAUCAUUAGGAAAAAGUUUGCUGUGAGAAUAAGUGUCAUGGUGGAUUUGUAGCCAUUACAUUUCACUAAAAUGUAUACAUUAAUCUAAAGUACUGUAAAGUUUUUGCCUUCAGUAAUGAGAACCACUCACUUUAACUCAUGUUACAGUAUAAAAGUUGUGCCCCUGUUAUAACAUAUCUCCUUCCUGUUCCUCUUUUUCCAGGUAUAACCAGGUGAAUGCUAUCAACCUGGCUUGCAGGUCAGGCCUUGAGGAAUGCCAGAAUCUGGCCAAGAUGUGGUUCAACCAAUGGAUGACCACCGGCGUCAACCCGUGAGUGACUAAAUCACCCUCUUUGACCAUACUCACACAGUGGACCUUCUACUGUGAUGGCAGGAACCUCAGUGCUACAGUACUGUAAGACUGAUUGUUCCUGGCUGUGUGAGUAUGGCAAAUAUAAACUUAUUCACUGUUUUGAUCAUUUUUAAGGCUGUGUCACAUUCAGCACACUGUCCAUUAUUAUGAUUCACUGACUCCAGAAGCUUUCAUUAUUCUUUAGGAUCCACGCCAACCUGAGAUCCACUGUGUACUGCAAUGCGAUUGCAGCAGGUGGCGCUGAAGAGUGGGAGUUUGCUUGGACACAGUUUAAGAACGCCAGCAUUGCUAUUGAAGCUGAUAAGCUCCGCUAUGCCCUAUCUUGCACAACGCAGCCCUGGCUCCUUAACAGGUCUGUUCAUGCAACUAUACACAACACGCCACCAAAAAAUCACAGCCAUUUACCCACCACCACACACUCAUCUGCUCCCUCCUGAUGAUCUGCUUUAACCCUCCAGGUAUCUGGAGUACACUCUGGAUGCAGACAUGGUCCGAAAACAGGAUGCCACUUCCACUAUUGUCUACAUUGCCGGCAAUGUUAUUGGUCAGUCUCUGGCCUGGGACUUUGUCAGAGAUCGCUGGAAUUAUAUUUUCACUCAGUAAGUAUACAGCAACAGAGUUAGACAUGGAUAUCACUACAGAAAACAUUAGAUAAGACAAACUCAGUUAUAUAAAGUUAAUGGAAUCUGCUUUGCUUCACAGUUUGUUCAUAACAUGACAACUUGUGCUAAAAUGGGUUUAACAAGUUAGAGUAAAAGUAACAAUUCAGAGACGCACUGUGCUUUAUGUAACACCUGUAUGUGAACUCUGAUUCUCACAUGCUAAAGUAAUGGACAGUCACAUCAUGGUGUCAUAUACUUACAUAAUAACUGAUAGGCAGUUUUACAGUCCGCCUUUUAUCACUUACAGUUUUUUAUUGACCCGGCCAUGUGAUUUUAACACUGCCUCAGAUGAUCUUUGGUCCUAACCACCAUAAACCUUGACAGAUAGAGCAUAACACAGACGCUGACGAUAAGUACGGCAGAGCAUAUCAGCGGUAUAAUCAAGAGUGAUGAAUAAAUCAAGCCUAAAUAACACAGAUUAUCACGGGUUAGGAAGUCUGAUGUUUAUCAUGUGUGGGUGGACUUUGUCAGGAAUGGGCAUUAGCAUUUUUAAGGGGGGCUCAUGCCAGCCUCGGUCACCCCUCUGGAUCAGCCCUGGUCAAAUGGUAUUAAACAGCAGGAUACAUGAAAUGCAGGCUGAGAAAAAAGUCACAUGACUUAAGUUCUGUUAGAAAUAAGUUUACAAUCUUAGGUAAAGAAAGAGCGUGUUUCUGAUCUUUUAUCAGCCAAUUCACAUUUCAUAUCAAUGGCCCUGACUUUAUGAUCUAUACUUAUAGGUACGGUGGUGGAUCCUUCUCCUUCUCCAACCUGAUCAAUGGAGUCACUGAGCGCUUUUCAACCGACUUCGAGCUUCAACAGGUAAGACUUUUUGGAUCUUUUUGUCACCAUUUGAGAUUUAUUUUACUAUCGCCACAUUUACAUUGUGGACUUUUUCUUUGUAUUCAAAGUCUGUCCUCGUAGAUCAUUGUUACCUUUCAUUUGACACCUUCUGCUUAAUCAUUAGACAGAAAUAAUGCUUCUCACUCGUUUUCCACCCGCCCCUCCAAUAACAGCUGCUUUGUUCAAGAAAACCCUGAUAACAACUGCCAAAAUUCCAUAUUGGGUUUCCUCCAAUCUUUUUCUUCACUACCUGGCCCCUGGUGGACUUCUUCUACCUAUUUGUUAGGUUUGCUAUAAAAGCAUAUUUACAAUCUUAAUCCUAAAAAGUGUGUUUUCAUACUGAACAGUUGAAAACUGAAGCUGUGUUCUAGCCUUCUAUUGACAUCUCAUACAUACACACAGGGCAGAGUCUAUUUGUGGCUGUCAGCACCUUAUGGGUGACCGUACUGUGAAAGUUCAAGUCUCUGGACUUGGUCCCCCAUGCUCCCACCAUGGCUCCUCCUGGAUAGUUUUAUAUUUUAGUCAUUAAAAAGCCAGUUUUUUUUGCAGUCACAUGGGUUAUAUUCACACUGUUUUUGCAGCAAAACAUUUUUUCUUAACAUGUUCAUCGUCAUAAGUCAGUCUGAAUUUAAAGCCACUGGCCUCUGCUUUUGGGUAGCAUUGCUGUGUGAUAGAUGCACCCUCCUGAUAAUCUCCUCGGUGUUAGUGUUUUUUUCCUGACUUCAAACUGCCUCAUCACAGACCCCAACUACCCUCUCACUUUAUCUCCUAUUUAUAUUUUUUAUUUGUUUGUUCCAACAGCUCAAGCAGUUCAAAGAAGACAAUGCAGAGACUGGUUUCGGCUCUGGGACUCUGGCUGUGGAUCAGUCUAUCGAGAGGACCAUCGCAAACAUAAAAUGGAUCUCAGAAAACAAGCAGACUGUUCUGAAUUGGUUUAAGACUGAAGCAGCUCUCUGA